UAAAGAGAAAGAAUUUAUAAUUCUCCUUUAAACAGUACUAUUCAAAGUAAUGUUAGAGACAUUAUAUACUGUUAGAAGAAUGUAUGUAUGCCAAUACUGCUGAAGUAGAUAAACUGAUGGUAAAUCAUUACCACGUGUCAAAUGCUUGUUAUCAAAGUAAUACUCUCACCUAAGUUUUAUUUCUUCAACUAAAGACAUUUAUUUCUUAUGACAAUACAAGGGAGUCCGAACUUAUAAUUAAAACUUGUAAAAUUCUCCCUUUGUAUAACUAGAUAGAUGUCUAUAACGUGAUAGAAUUUCAAUACUACACUAGUAAUUAUCUCGUAUUCGUGAUAAUAACAGUUGAAGGGGACUUUUACUUGAUGUAAUAUGUCUGCCAUAUUCUUGAUUGAAAUCUUCUUGAAUAUUUAAUAUAGGAAAACUACCUUUUAACUUCUUAGAAAAUGUUCUUCAGACAAUCUACUAUUCUAUCGACGUUAUGGAUAUCUUUGAGAAUCGUUUCUAUAAACUUAAUUAUCGUCUCUUAUCCGCUGUCGGUUUGUGGCCAUACGAAAAAUCUCGUUUAUUUCGUAUGUGUAUUAUAAAUAUUCCAGUUUUUUUGUUCAACAUAACACAGGUAACUCUUUAUUCUUUUAAUAAAUUCUAGAAAAAUAUUAGACUUAUCUGCCUUAUUGAUUUUAGUUUUUUAAAAUAUGUACUUCCAACGGAAACUUUGAUAUACUGAAAGAAGUUAUACCGAUUUUAAUGGCAUCAUUAGCUGCCUCUAUUAAAUAUUAUUUCUUUGAUCUUGGUAUAUUCGAUAUUAAAUUACUUAUGGAUAAUAUGAUCAAAGAUUGGGAUAUGUGGAAGUCCAAGGAAGAAAUUAAAAUCAUGGAGAAGUUUGCUCAUUUAGGAAGAAUGUAUACUAUUGGAUAUACAGUAUACAUAUUCAUCAUUGCAUCACUUUUUCUUUUGGUGACAUUCAUACCACCCUUAAUGGAUAUAAUUAUACCUUUAAACGAGAGUCGUCCUAUGGAAUUACCCGUCUAUGCCGAAUACUUUGUUAACAAUGAGGAUUAUUUUUACUUGUUUUAUUUUCACAUAUCCCUUUCGAUAAUGAUCAAUGUUACGUCUUUAGUUGCCACUGAUACCCAACUUAUGGUUUUUUGUUGUCACGUUAGUGGUGUAUUUGCAGUCAUAGGGUGAGAAUAAAAUUUGUGAUUAAUUUUCUUUUUUUUUUACUACUUUAAGUUUUGCUUGAACAAGAUACAUUUAUUUAUUGUAGUUUUCGUUUGGAAAAUUUCUUGGAAAAGGACACAGAUCUACGUGGAUUGACAGAUCUUCAAAGGAAAGAAUGUUAUAAACAUGUUUCCCUAUCUAUUAAAGGACACAAAAGAGCUUUAGAGUUAGUAUUAUAAAAGAAAGAAAUUAUGUUAAUUAAUUACGGCAAUAUCUUGUCGUGAUUAACGAAUGAAUUUUUUAAACAAAGGUUCGUCAAGCGCAUGGAAUCAUCAUUUUCGUAUUCUUUACUAUUGCAAUGCGGCUUGAACAUUAUUUGUAUGAGCAUGUGUCUGUAUCAAGUAAGCCUCAAUUAUAAUUCACAUAUUUUCUUUUUUUCA